AGAAAAAAGUGUGGUGGCAAUGACUGUGCUGCCUUUAUUGAGAAUCACGGAAAUUGGGAAAUGCAACCAAAACCUAUAGACCUCUUGCAGGGAGAGAUGAUAUGAAGCAUGAAUGGAGAUCACAGAGGAGAAAAGCAGAAAGAAAAAAGCUGCUGGGAUGUCUGAGUCAUUCAGUUUCCCACUGACAUACAUAACCACAUUUCACAACCACCUCCGUGGAGCAACAAACUUAUAGCACAAUGUCAUUCCAGGGCCCCUGCAGUCAUGGUGCUUCCUCAUGGUCAGCCGCAAAGGGCUAGCUACAUGUCAGGCAUCCCCCUACCAAGCUUUGGGGUUUAUGCAGCUGCUUCACGUGCCAGGCUGGGGGAUUGGGCAGAGGAAGGGGGCUCCACCUUUAUCACAUCCUCCUAGAUGGAGAUACUUGGACCAAACACCUAAAUCACCAUGCCUAACAUCAGCAUUUAACCACCCAGCUGUGUGCUUGCAAAGACUGUUUUUUUGGUGGGAUUUUGCAGUGCUCAGGCUGAGGUGGGUGAAAUGAGCCCACAGACCAUUGCAGCAGCAAUGGGAGGACUUGUCCUGCCCAUGCUCUACGGUGCUGCUCCAAAGUGUUAAGGUCUUGUGUGCUGCACAGCUGCUUGGUGCUUCUGCUUGGAGCAGAGUAGAAACCCAAAUAAUUACUUGGAAAGACAGAAUUUCCUACGUCUUAUUAGUCUGUAAUGGAAGCCUCAGAACUCUUGACCUAGCAAAUGUAUUUGCAAAGUAAAUAAAAAAGAGAACCCUUCUGCCAGCAAUCAGGAGCUGUGUUGAUUCAUGUGCUACGGUUUGUGCUGAUAAAUGCAGGGAGCCAGUCUCUGACAUGAAAGGCAGCUUAAGGUGCGAACUUAAUCCAGCCAGCUGUGCAAUCACCGUGUGAGCAGCUGGUGUUUGCUCUGUCCCAUGUGAAUCUCAGUGUAAGGUAAAUCCAGAAGUAGCUGUGUUCAUGUCUCUGAUUCUGUUGGACAUAGUGAGGGGUGCCUGAGGAGCACAUCUGGGUUUGUUCCCGGUGUACAUGCCAUUGGCCCAAUCAAGAUGACGACAGCUGCACCACUGAUCAAUAACACUCAGUUCUCAUUAAAUGUGACCACAAAGUCUCAAGAACAAAGUCUUUAUCAAAGUUCUGGAGCAAUAGUUGCUGCCAUCGUAGUAGGAGUAAUUAUUAUUUUCACAGUGGUUCUGCUCAUAUUGAAAACAUAUAACAGACGCAUGAGAGUGAAGCGGGAGCUGGAACCCAAAAGCACCCAAACAGCAAUGCCACCUGCUUUAGGGCAGAACUGCGACAGUGUUACUCAGCAUCCUGCAGUGACUUUCGUACCUGUGGAUAUCCACAUGCAGAGCAGACAACUGUGAACACGUGUCCUCCUGUGAGAGAAAAGAGCUGGAGUUCUUAUUCACAUGGACCUGGGACUCACAACAAAGCGACACUGCACUGGCAACAGCAAUAGCUGUUAUCUUAUCUUUAGAUUGUAAUUAGCCCUGCCUUCUCUCUUUGGGAGGAGAACUAAAAGAUCUGAACACUUUCUGUAUGAUGAAAAUCAACUGGUGAAGGCACACAGACCAUGAGGAAUGCAAUGAGCCUUCUUACAGAGCUCUGGGUACAGGAAGACAAAAUAAGCCAAGCCUAUUCAUUGGAAGAAAUGGUGCAGACUCAUAUUUUGUGGAGCUUUUGCUUACUCAGAAUUUGAGCUUUUUCUAUUCUGCAAUGACUGAGGAUAAAUGGAAGAAAAAGUUGGACAUUCAAGCUGCAACUCAGGUUGAACCUGGGUUUGUUAAGUUUUAUGUGAAACAGGAUUGUAGUCUAUUUUAUACAUAGUAUGGGAAGUGGCAAAACUGUAAGUAGCAAAAUUGUAUUUAUCUUUAGUUGUCUUUUGUGUGUCUAAUACCACGUGUGUAUGGUUUUAGACAGAAAAGUUACUUUUUUAUUUUCAAGUAUUUUUGAAACAUUUCUAUAAACUUGGUAACUUGUCCGUUUCAAAUGAACUGUAUGUCCAAAGGUUUUCAAUUUCAUGCCAAGAUUGCUGCUCUAGGUUCACUACUGCUGUUGCAUUAGAGUAUUUAGUCUAACAGUCUGAGAAGUUCUUUAAUUGAAAAAAGUAAACAUGAAAAGGCAAUAUAAAGCAAAUGAGGGUUUGUGCAA